GGCAAAAGAGGACGUUUGGUCACCCUAGUAGUGAUGGAACGACCAAACGCUUCAACACUGAAGUUUUAGCACGUUUCUAUUUCCGGUUCACUUGACGCAACAUUUGUUUACCAUCCGGGUUGUGCAUUACUUAGGUGUACUGUUCUCCUAACCAAACGAGCGCCUUCAAAACAUUCUCAUCGGAUGCGUCAAAUUACUACUGACUGAAGGCCAACGCAAUCCCAAACAUCAAGGGUAGAGACAUGGAAAAUGAAGAGAGGAAAUUCAGGUCACAACGAACAACUAACAAACUAAAGGAAAUGAGGUGUCCCACAGAUGUCAGUGUAGAGGAUCUUCACCAUGAGAAGCACGAUCCCCUCCACGUUAAGCAGCAAGAGGACUCAGAGAUGCCGUACAUGAAACAGGAAGCAGAGCCAGAGACCCCCGACAUGAAAGAAGAAGACCAGGAAGUUGGAAUCCCCAAAUUUCCAAUGGGUGUCGGCGUGAAGAGCGAAGAAGACGAACCAAGCGAAGAGAGCGGCGCAGCGAACCCUUUGAGCGACAGCUCAUUUCAGCACCUGACAACAAAAGGAGAUCAACCGGACAGCCUCUCAGCUCCGCUUUCGGACAGCGACGACAUAACGUCGCAUUCUUCUGACUUUAAUAAUGAUGAAGAGGAGGAUGACUUUGACCAAAAUGCUUCAAAAUCUUCAAACAAGUCAUCAUUAAAAAAGGACACAAAGGAAUGCGUGGUUGGGAAACCAUUCACCUGCACACUUUGUGGUAAAAGAUUUUCUCGGAGUUUUACUUUAAAUAGACAUAAGCCCAUACACACUGGAGAGAAGCCUUUUGCCUGCACACUUUGCGAUAAAAGAUUCAUCGAUAAGGAACGUUUAAACAAACACACAAGAACACACACUGGAGAGAAGCCUUUUGUCUGCUCACUUUGUGGUAACAGAUUCACUGAGAAGACUAAUUUAGAAAGGCAUAAGCGUACACACACUGGAGAAAAGCCUUUCGCCUGCACACUUUGCGAUAAAAGAUAUUUUUGGAAGAUUCAUUUAGAAAGACAUAAGCCCACACACACUGGAGAGAAGCCUUUUGCCUGCACACAUUGCUGUAAAAGAUUCACCGAGAAGGGAGUUUUAAAGAGACACACAAGAACACACACCAAAGAGAAGCCUUAUGCCUGCACACUUUGUGUUAAAAGAUUCAUCGAGAAGACUGAUUUAGAAAGGCAUAGGCGUACACACACUGGAGAAAAGCCUUUUUCCUGCACACUUUGCGGUAAAAGAUUCUUCGAUAAGAAAGGUUUAAACAGACACACAAGCGGACACACUGAAGAGAAGCCUUUCGCCUGCAAACAUUGUGGUAAAAGAUUCUCUCAGAAGACUUAUUUAGAAAGGCAUGACCGUACACACACUGGAGAAAAGCCUUAUGCCUGCACACUUUGCAGUAAAAGAUUCACCGAGAAGAGACUUUUAAACAAACACACAAGAACACACACUGGAGAGAAGCCUUAUGCCUGCACACUUUGUGGUAAAAAAUACUCCACAAAGGAAUAUAUAAACAUUCACAUGAGAACACACACUGGAGAGAAGCCUUAUGCCUGCACACUUUGUGAUAAAAAAUACUUCGCAAAGGAAAAUUUAAACAUUCACAUGAGAACACACACUGGAGAAAAGCCUUUUGCAUGCUCACUUUGUGGUAAACGAUUCGCUCAGAAAGGACAUUUAGUAAUGCACGCAAGAAGCCACACUGAGUAAAACGGUGGCGUCACCAGGGCGUGGCCAUGCCCCCCCCCCAUAAAUUUGUUGGCCACCCCACUGACCACCUCGCUUGCCAGUAUAUCGUUACAUUGUUGUAGCAUCGGUUUUUAGAGGUGUGCAAAAUUUCCGAUUCUUAGAUUAUUCACGAUUCGGCCGUGCAAGAUUCGAGAACGAUUCACAAACAUCCAAAUUCCGAUUAUGGAAAUAUGUCAAGUAAAGCGGAACUAAAACACAGUCAUCGCGGUCUUCAGGACUCAAUGAGGAACGGACUGCAUUGCGUCCUGAGAGUAAACAUCAUGCUUGUCAUUACACGGGCAAAGCUCAACUCACGGCUCCGGUUCAACUCAUGCCGCUAGAUAAAAAAAGAAUCAUACCUGACUGCUGCCGACAGCCACUACAAACUACGUCCACAUCAUGCUAGGGUAGGUAAUAGGUAUCAUAUGUAUGUAGAACUAGAUGCAAAACGACAGACUCAACGCCGUUAGCAGCACAUGUAUUGAAAACUAAAUGCGCAAUGACAGACAUGCCGGUGUUAGUGACCAGCGUCAUCUUAAAGCAGGAGACUUCUCUAGAAGGCUCUGUUGUAGCGAACCUAAUUAACUUUUUAUCUAAAAUACUCCUAAAUCGGUAAAAUCUUUAAAACAGUUUUAAAACUUUCACAUGUCGAAAGUAGACAGAAGGGAAAUUAUGGAAUAACGGGAGCAAUUUUAACAACUUUAACGGUUCAUUCACAACAGUAAUUGUAUGUAGUUUAAAGCUGCUGAUACAAAAUGGGGACUUGAGUAUUUUAUUUACUGUUUUGAACUGUUAACUUAAUACUGAAGUAGUCGUUUAUUUAGUAAUGUGUAUUUCUGGUUGUGUUUUCAAUUUGUUAAUUCAGUUUUUAAUGACAUUGUAUUAAUUUAUCAAUUCAUUCAUAGCAUAUAAUUAUUUUUAAAAAAUAAACAUGAA